CAGUUUUAGAAUCUCAAAUAGCAAAGUUAAUUCAAGAAAUCCAAGGUUUAAAAACUAUUUCGGAUAAAACUGCCGAACAGAAAAAAGAAUUCACUGAAAAAGAGAAAGAGUUAGCCAGAUUGAAAAGAAAAACCAAACAAAAAACUAAAACUUUGCUAAUUUUGGCUCAACAAGAGGAAAAAAAAGUUGAAUUAAUGCGUUCUUUUCGUAAUUUACCUUAUUUAAGGAUCAGUGAUAGCAGUUCGAUAAAUCUUUUACAAGUUUUAUCCCCUCACCUCAUUUUUACCCAGUUAGCUUUUUCAGAACUAGAAAAAAGGUUAAGAAAAAUAAUUAAAUGUGCGAAAUGCCAAAAUAAUGCUGAAAUAGAUCCUCGCUUUCGUAGAAGUUGUCAAAAGUCAGUGGCUAAGAUAAAAUUUCCGCGAAGUGGACAACCCCAAUAUCCUCAUUGUAAUGGUGGA